GCGGUGGCCAAGGCGGCGACCAGGGCGCCUCUCACACGCGCUGCGCCCGCGCCCGGCCCCCGGGGUCCCCGCGCACCCCAUGUCCUCCGCACCGCUGCGCUCGCCCGCCCCGCGGCCGCACCGGAUGAAGAAGGACGAGUCGUUCCUGGGCAAGCUGGGCGGCACGCUGGCGAGGAAGAAGAAGGCCAAGGAGGUGAGCGAUCUGCAGGAAGAAGGCAAAAAUGCCAUCCACGCGCCCAUGUCGCCUGCCUCGGUGGAGAUUCACCCCGAAGACACCCAGCUCGAGGAGAACGAGGAGCGCACGGUGAUUGACCCCACCUCCAGGGAUGACCCCAGAUUCAAGGAGCUGCUCAAGGUUCUCAUCGACUGGAUCAACGACGUCCUGGUGGAGGAGAGGAUCAUUGUGAAGCAGCUGGAGGAGGACCUGUACGACGGCCAGGUGCUGCAGAAGCUCCUGGAAAAACUGGCAGACUGCAAGCUGAAUGUGGCUGAGGUGACCCAGUCCGAAAUAGGGCAAAAGCAGAAGCUGCAGGCGGUGCUGGAGGCGGUGCAGGACCUGCUUCGGCCCCACGGCCGGGCGCUCCAGUGGACCGUGGACUCGAUUCACGGGAAGAACCUGGUGGCCAUUCUCCACCUCCUCGUGGCCCUGGCCACGCACUUCCGGGCCCCGAUCCACCUUCCAGAACACGUCUCCGUGCAAGUGGUGGUGGUGCGGAAGCGGGAAGGCAUGCUGCACUCCAGCCACGUGACAGAGGAGCUGACCACGACCACAGAGAUGAUGAUGGGCCGGUUUGAGCGGGACGCCUUCGACACGCUCUUCGACCACGCCCCGGACAAGCUCAGCGUGGUGAAGAAGUCUCUCAUCACGUUUGUGAACAAGCACUUGAACAAGCUGAAUUUGGAGGUGACGGAACUAGAGACCCAGUUUGCAGAUGGCGUGUACCUGGUUCUGCUCAUGGGUCUGCUGGAAGACUACUUCGUACCCCUGCACAACUUCUACCUGACCCCCGACAGCUUCCCCCAGAAGGUCCAUAAUGUGUCGUUUGCCUUUGAGCUGAUGCUGGACGGAGGGCUUAAGAAACCCAAGGCUCGACCCGAAGACGUGGUGAACCUGGACCUGAAAUCCACCCUGAGGGUUCUUUACAACCUGUUCACCAAGUACAAGCACCUGGAGUGACAGCGGAGCGGCGACCGCGGUGGGGGGGGCUGUGCCGGCUCGGCCCCCCCUCCCCCCAAGACCCCCCUCCCCCCAAGGCCCCCCCCCCCGCCCCGGUCGUUCCCCACCCCCACGCUCCCUUUCUCUGGUUGACACUGCUGCCGGCGGGAUCCUUUGAAAUGCACGUUCCAAACACCAA